AGCCAUUUUCGCUCAAGCACCGGGCGCGGGGAGGUCCCCCCCCCGCGGGCCCAUGGCGAGCUCGGCCUCGGCCUUGGCGCCCGCGGCGAUGCGGCCGUUCCAGCUGGACCUGCAGCGGGAGGUGGACGUCAUGCAGUCGGUCUACACGCAGGAGCGGCGCCAGCUGGAGGGUCUGCUGCGGCAGCUGGAGGAGGAGGCGCGCCAGGUGGUGCGCAGCGCGCCGCAGGAGGAGGAGGAGGCGCCGGCGGCCUGCGCGGCGAGCGCGGUCCCGCUCGCGCGGCGGGUCCGCUGGCGCCUGCAGGAGGGCGCCCUGGCGCACCACUGGGCGCACCGCGAGGCGGGCCUGGGCCACGGCGUGCGGACGGCGUUCGACCUGCCGGAGUGCCCCGGGGCCCGGCUCUGCCUCGCGCUCGGGCCCGCCGAGGCCACAGGAGACGCCGCCCUGGGCGGUGCCGACGGCGCGGGGGCGCCGCCUCCACGCUACCGCCUGGCGCUGGAGGUCUCCGGCGAGGGCGCCGCGGGCUUCCUCCUGGGCGCCUCGCUGUGGCUGGAGGUCGACGGCGAGGGCCUGCCGCCCGCCUCGGCGGAGCUGCUGGGUGCCAGCGAGCUGGUGUGCGAGGGCGCGUGGCCCGCGGCCUGGCUGAGCGGCGGGCCGCCGGCGGGCGCGGUGCUCACGUGCUGCGCCGAGCUGGAGCCGCGCGGGCACGAGCCCCCGGCGCUCCAGCUGGAGUCGGCGUGGCCGGGCGCUGGCGGGGCCGCCGAGGAGGCCCCUGGGCAGUGGGUCCUGCAGCGGGGCGGCGGCGGAGCGGAGGGCGCUUUGGGCUGAGCUGCCGGCGCGACACGCCGCGGGGCAGAAAAAGAAGAAGAAGAAGACGAAGAAGAAGAAGAAGAAGGCGAACGCGAGGCCAGAGGAGCGGCACUGGCACCUUCCCUCCGCCCCUCGUGCCUGGUACCUCUGCGUGGCUGAGUUCCCCACCCUGGGCUCACAGCGCACGUCUGCCAGCGCACCGACCAACGGCGAGCACCCGAGAGAGCCUGUCUCCCGCGCGCCCCGACGUCGGGCUCUGAGGGCGCUCCGGCCGCU